AUGGCUCUCUCAGCAGACGAAGGCGAGAACGAGCCACUUCCGCAAGACGUCAAGCGCAAACGAUCCGAUGGCAGCAAGCCAAAAGCCAAAGCGCCUCCCAAGAGCGCAUCUGCAAAGCUUGUGGACCACAUUACGGAACAACUAGGUAGGUCUGUGCCAAACGAGACCAUCCAGCUUUGUGGUCUUGCCCCCUUGAAGAUUAUCGACUUCCAACCCGACCACGUUCUUGAGCUUGCCAGGCAGAAGCUCACUACGUGGAAGUAUGAGCACGUACCCACCUGUUGGCGGCGGCUGUAUGAGGAAGCUUCUCUUCAUCUUGUCGUGGAAGAACUGCCAUUGCUCGAGAAGAGCAUGAAGUGGGGCCUAGGGGAAGGCGGCAACAGCAAGGAGGACAGUGAGUAUGCAUUCUCGAGUAUCGUGAAGCACUUGGAUGGUGCCCUUGUGAUCGCUGGUGCACCAGGUAGGCGGAGUCUGGUCGAGGAGAUCUUGAACCACCUCGACACGAUUGCACUUCAGCUCUUCGAGCAUCGACAACCCAACAGGCUCACCAUCAAGCCACCGCCGGCCCUAAAGACGGCACACCCGAUAUCUCGUGCCCCACAAGCUUUGGACUUUGCAGAAUUUCAGGUUCAUCUUGGCACCAGAAGCCCUAUCAUAAUCCCAAACACUUUCAACCAUUGGACUGCCAAAAACAGAUGGGUCGACACGACCUAUCUGAAGAAGCGCACUCUUGGUGGCCAUCGUCUCGUACCAAUUGAGAUAGGAGCUAGCUAUAACGAAUCCGGAUGGGCUCAGAAUCUCAUACCAUUUGGCGAAUUCAUCGAUCGAUACCUGACACCAACCGAGCCUGAAGACAAGGGCUACCUGGCUCAGCAUGAUCUUUUCGCACAAACGCCAGCUCUGAUGGAUGACAUAUCGAUCCCGGACUACUGCUACAGCACGCCACCUCGACCCAAAGGUGCUGCUGCAGAAACUCCCGGGCUGGACAAGGUCAAAGAGGUCGACCAACCUCUCAUGAACGCGUGGCUCGGACCAAGCGGCACAAAGUCACCUCUGCACACGGACCCGUACCACAACGUCUUGUGCCAAGUUGUUGGCUACAAGUAUGUCCGCCUCUAUGCACCCGAAGAGCGCGACAAACUGUAUCCCGCCGGGUUGGACGACAAUGGCGUCCCCAUGAACAACACAUCUCAAGUGGACAUACAGCACUUCCGUCCUGGUGUCGCUGAGCCCACGCCGGAGCAGGACAAGACUCGCAAGUUCUGGCAAAAGAAGUACCCACUCUUCGAAUUUGCCCCAUAUCAGGAAGCGAUUCUCAGACCUGGCGACUGUCUGUACAUACCGCUGGGAUGGUGGCACUACUUUGAAGCAUUUACGCCCAGCUUCUCGGUGUCUUUCUGGUGGAAUUGA